AGAGACAGUCUGCUUUCUCCUCCGCUCUACUGACUAAAGAACGAAAUUCCAACAUCAAGAAUAGCCCACUAUGGCCUUUAGGUUCAAUUUUGCCGUGGACGAUAGCGAUGAUGACCCCGCGCCUAAUGCCCCGCCGGCUCCUGCCCCGCAGGCUCUGCCAGGGGAGUUGCGAGCACCAGCCAGGUACCAUACACUUCAGGAGCUGGUUUGGCUGCCCCAAAUUCUUCACAACACUCCCCUGGAUUGUUCUAAUUCGCCCGUUCCUUUGGUGUAGAUGGCCCGCAUUCCCCGAAAUAUCUCAUACGCUACCAUAUCCAUUACACCCACAGUGUCAAUCCCCCGGCGGGAGCUCUACGAUGUUCGAAUGCAGCUUAUGGAUGAAGAUGAGCUUAAUGGGGAUGGGUCGGAAAGGAGCAUGAUGGCAGGAUUGGGUAAAGAGGAUAUUAGGACCAGCCUAUACGAAGGUGGGUUGAAGAGCUGGGAAUGUUCAGUUGAUUUGGUGAGGCAUCUGGCUAGUCUGGAUGAACGAAUUGGCCCGGGAGGCAAGAAGGUUCUAGAGGUAAAUCAUGCAGAAAUUCUGUAUAAAGUUUGACACCAAUGGCUAACAUCCCAAAAGCUAGGCUGUGGAACAUCCUUCCCAUCCCUAUUUCUCUUCCAAACCACCCUCAGCGCAAAAAAAGGCUUUAAACCCCCACUCACUCACUUUACUCUAGCGGACUACAACUUAGAAGUCCUUCGUCUCAUCACUCUCCCCAACAUUUUCCUCUCCUGGGCGAUGCUCAACCACCCCUCAUCCUCUUCUGGGCCAUGGGAAACCGAGGGUGACCUGGACGUCACUGAGUCCUUAAUCGCAGCUUUCCUCACGGACCUAUCUAGUCGCGGAAUAGUUUUAGAUUUCAUUUCUGGGGAGUGGGGUGCUGGAAUGACCGAAUUGCUAAAACCUGCAAGUCCAUAUGACCUAGCACUAGGAUCGGAAACGAUUUACUCCCCCUCGACCACCCCGCUAUUUACGGAUGUUUUGUUGGAAGCGUUGAGGGGUGGAGAGGGAAGCGGACUUGUGGCGGCAAAACAAGUCUACUUCGGCGUCGGAGGUAGUGUGACAGAUUUCGUCAACCUCGCACGGUCGAAGGACCCAAAUGCUCAGAUCCGCGUAGUUAGAGAGGAGAAGGAAGCGGGUGUGGGAAGGUCCAUUGUGAAAAUAUCCAAUAAAUUGGGGCAGCCGUAGUCUGAACAAAGCAUGAUCCCAAAGCAAUUCUCCCCGCCGUACCCCC